CAUGCCCGAUACAUUCCUCCCGGAUGUAUCGGGGGUUUAUAAACGACAGCCUGGCCUAACAGAAACAACGGUCGUCUGCGAAACUUGUGCUGUCUUCUGCAAGUACGCUGUAGCUGACACAGUGAAGAGCAUCAGCCAAUCAUGAAGGUCCUUCUGCUGUUACUCGUCGUCAUUGGAUUGGCAGCAGCUGAUGCAUUGCCUUGGAAGGGACGUAGAAGUGCUGAUCCCGCGGAAAUGCAAGUGGUGCAUGCACUGCAAUGCGCGACUCCGAUGUGCGCACGGAACUGCACCCUGGUUACCGGUGACCACGGAUGUCCAGACUGUGAGUGUCCACCGACUCACUGCCCGAGGAAGAAAUGUCCUCCGGGAAGUCACAGAGAAACGGGUAUCCUCCAUGACCGAUGCCCAGAAUGCGUGUGCGAAGAGGCAGCAGCUCCAGACGUGGGUCCGUGGAGUCGUAGAAGUGCUGAUCCCGGUCGCUGCUUUCUAUGCUGAGAGAAGAGGCCACAAAGGGUGACGAGCGACAAUAAAAGCACCUGGUAACCAAGCUCGAAAUGACGGUUUGCUCUUUUUCUUCGUGUCAACCGACCACACAAAUAAACGGCACAUGGAGAGAUUACUAAA